AUGAGCCGCCGAAUGAUGAUGACAAUCCGAAAGUGGGACACGCUCAUUAGCGCGAUUUUAUCAGAUUUUCACAUAUUCACGAGCAGUUGGAAACGCUUUUUCGAAAUGUUUAAUUCAUUUUUUGAGUGAAACCGAGUUAGUGUCCGCUUCUUCUUCAAAUGAAGGUAUUCCGGUUCCGCAUUUCCAGCUCUUCCAGCCCGAAAACCGCUCUGAAACAGUUACAGAUCGCUCGAGAACCCUUCGUACGGCGUGCCGACCGUUCCGGACGUCUACAUGAACCAAUGGGCGCUGCCGCCGCCCGGUCGCGCUCAGUUGGACAUGGUCCCGAUGGAUCCGGCGGCCCUCUACCAUCCGCAAUACCAAUUCCAACCGCCGGCUCCUCCGAUUCCUCCGCCGCUGCCCCCGAUGUACCAACUGCUGCCCGGACAGCCUCUGCAGAAUCUCGACGACCCGAUGACGUUCUUCAUUCCGCCGAACAACGGGAACGCGGAGGUGCGGGCGGUCCCGGCGGCUCGCGAGAGCAAGAGCAAGACUUCGGUGCGCAACAGAAAGAAGCAGACGGUAACGGACCGAAAUGGAAUCGAAAAGAGUGUUUCCAGUUUUCAGGCGCGCACGGGAGUGAUUUGCUCGCACUGCUCGACCGGAACGACGACUCUGUGGCGCAAGAACGACGAGGGACUGCUCGAAUGCAACGCCUGCAAUCUCUACUUUCAACGCAACAACGUCAAGAGACCGCUUUCGCUGUGCAAGGAGAAACCGCUCACUCGCCAGAGACACAAGUCCAAGCGCGACGACGAGAAGCACUGA